AUGAUGGAUAGUUGUAGUGACCAAAUCGCUAACACCUAUCAGGAACAGUACAAAGACAUGUCGCUGUUCAUUAGGAGGAUCGUUGCUGCGAAUGUCCGAGUACUUCUCUACUACGGAGACACUGAUAUGGCUUGCAACUUUAUGAUGGGUCAAAAAUUUGCCGAUCAACUCGAAUUGAAACGAACACUCGGCAAAACUCCAUGGAAGUUUGACGGUCAAAUCGCCGGAUUCAAGACGCUAUUCGAAGGGCUCACCUUCAUCACAGUUACCGUGUUUCAGUACGAGACCGCUAUGUUGUGGACGGGACUCACUUGUCUUUUUACUUUGUGCCAAGCACAAGAGAUCAAACAAUUGCCAGGAGUUGGGUUCGAACUCAAUUUUAAGCAUUAUUCCGGGUUCUUUCAAGUUUCCGACAUCAUGUACUUCAUUACUGGUAAGCUUCCUCCCAAACGGUUCGUUGAGUCUCAGAAUGACCCAGACAAAGACCCUCUCAUCUUCUGGUUCAACGGCGGUCCAGGAUGCUCCUCUUUAGAUAGCCUUUUCAACGAGAUGGGACCGUACUUAGUGAAUUCUGACGGUAAAAGCCUCAGUGAGAACCCAUAUUCUUGGAAUAAAAUGGCCUCAGUGGUGUAUAUCGAGUCCCCUGCGGGAGUCGGAUACUCUUAUUCUACCGAUGGGAACAUCACCACCAACGAUGAUCAGACUUCACUUGAAAACUACGAUGCUGUCAAGCAAUUCUUUCAGGGAAUCGCAGUUGGAAAUGGUAUGGUACACGGAAAGUUAAGCAUCGACACAUCCAUUCGAUAUGCUUACGGCCACGGAAUCAUCGAUGAAGAGACAUGGAAUACACUUCAAAGAGAUUGUUGCGAAGGCUGCAUCGAUUCUUGCGAUCUUACUGAGGUCACUGGUCAUUGUGAAACCAUGGUAAAGGACAUCUACCUCUUCCUCUUGACCGGCGGAUUGAAUCCCUAUGAUUUAUACAGAGAUUGCGACACGAAGCCGGCAACCAAUGGCGACUGGACGACCCCCAUGCUUCAAGGGUUUGCUGCCGGCUACAAAUCCUCUGUACAAUCAAAGACAAAGAUUGAUGACCCCACGAGCUUAUCGAGGGCUCACGAGUCUCAAUACAAUGGUUACCCAUGCGAAAACAACACAAAUGUGAUUACAUACAUGAAUGAUGUUGAAGUUCGAAAAGUUCUUAACAUUCCUUGCAACUUACCUAAAUGGGAUAUCUGCAGUGACCGAAUCACUAACACCUAUCAGAACCAGUACAAAGACAUGGCGCCGUUUAUAAAGAAGAUCGUUGCUGGGGAUGUCCGAGUGCUUCUCUACUACGGAGACACUGAUAUGGCUUGCAACUUUAUUAUGGGUCAAAAAUUUGUCGAUCAGCUCGGACUAGAGGUAAGUUGUCAUUUUCGCUACCCUUGA